CCAGCCUCUAAAAAACGAUAGAUGGAACCGAAAUAAGGAUACUAAACACACGCUAUAUAUAGCUUGCAUGCAAAGUUGGGCUUUAUCAGACGCAUAAUAGACGGACAUCAAUGUGUAUCACAUGAAAUACGUUAAAAUGUUUCUGGAAUUAGAUACCGAUAAAUGUAGGACUUUUUAAUUCUUCAACGAUGAAUUAAAAUGGUGUGAUAAAACAUGAUACUAACAUGUUUUUAGAGUUAGCAGUGAUUGGUACGAUAAACUGACUGUGUAAUAUUCCACGUUGUAGAACAGAAUUACUACCAUCUAUGAUCAGAGUUCUAGAAAGAACAUUGUAUAUCGAUUGCAGCUUUCUGCUUUAAUCUAGAUAGAUAAAAUUAUCGGACUACGCACAUAUAGAUAUGUAACUUUGAAGUUACACAACAUUAACGAAACUAGAGGAUCUUUAUGUAACAUAUUCGUCUAAAAUAUAAAACAUAGAAUUCGAAUAUUAGGAUUCCAUUAUUUUCUAACUAAUGAAAAUAUGGAAAAAUUACAAAAAAUAUAUAAUAAUAAUAAUAAACAGAAAAAUAAUAUCAAUGCAACUUUGUGAUUAAUGAUUAUUCAAAAACUGUAUCUUUUCACUAAUUUCGUUAUAUCCGUGAAAGAAAAGAGAUCAAGAUUAUCUAGAGAACAAAAUAAUUCGUUUUAUAAGGAUCUCUUUUAUUCGUAGGAUGCAAAAGAGCCUCGACUUGAGGGGCUCGGCUCGGCGUCGAAAACACUGCCUCCCGGUUCUAAAAUCGUUGCGAAAGAUCGUUGAUCCUCACUGGCGACCUUCACGAAGAUACAAGAAAGGUCGUACCCGGACGUUCUCAAAUUUUUCCUAAAACCCGUCUCCGCGGUUUUUCUAAGUAUCGGCUCCCUCUCGUUGAUCGUCACAAAGACGUGUACACGAGAAAAGAGGCAGAGGAGAAGUCACAGAACAGAAAGGAGAGGGAAAGAUCGCGAUGGCCUCGACGUGCCAGCUCCGCCUCGCGAGGCUCGCAGCCACCAAGUGAAAGUAGGAUUUUGCUUUCUACCCGUGGCCAGUGACAAACGCGCCGUGCUCGCGAACUCGUCUCUUUUCUUCUGCGAGGAUGUGUCCGCUCGUCGUUGCUCGAUAAAUCAACGGGCACAGACACAACGUGACGAAAAAGGUUGGCGAAUUUCAGCGUUGUUACGAUGACAGUGUUGCACUGACAGUCGGGCGAACUGCCUCGAAAUCGUGCCGAUACGAAAAAGUGCGCGGUGUGAACAAGUGACCAGGAGAGGAUGUCGAGACACAAAACGAACGAUAACCGUUUCGUCAACAUGAUUCUGACGUUUCUAAUUCUCGGCUACGCCUUCGUGCCAACGAACUGUCAACAAGGAUCGGCCGAAUCGUGGGACAAAUUAUCGCGUCUGAUACCAACGAAUUCGGUGUACGAACAACAGGACAAGAAUGCAUCUCCUGUCAAUAAUCCAGCGGACACGCUAUUACGCUCCUUGGACGAAAACAAUGUCAUGGAGACAUCAAAAACGAUUGGAAAGAAAAACAAUCACGAAGAGGAAGUAGACGAGGAAGUUUACGAAGACGAGUACGAAGUUGAAAGCGACCCAAAAACGGAACAUGAAACUUUGAAGCUUCCUAAAAUCACCGAUUCCACUAACGCAAAGUACGAAAGAGCUCCGUCAGAGUUAACCGCUCAGACGGAAGACAUGUCCAGAGACGAAGAUUAUGUGGAAGACCCUUCGACGAGUCAGUACGACACGUACAAUUACUAUAACGAUGAUUACUCGAGUCCUAAUCGGUCGCGAUACCGAGCCGCAGAGGACGAACACGCUCGCGACUAUUCGGAUGCAGAGGAAGAAGAAGCGGAGCCGGAGGAACAUGGAGAACAAAAAGGAGGAGAAGAAGAUGAAGAAGAAGAAGAAGAAGAAGAAGAUGGGAAGAAACCACAGGACAACGACUAUGAUACGUCAGAGGAAGAGGAAGAAUAUUUCGAUUCUCAUCACGUUGCGAACGUAAACGAUUCUUCGUCCGACCUGUUCGAAGAAAAGGAUCUAGACACGCCAAUUUCAACGACCAACAACGAGGAGGGUUCCUCGAUGGAAGGUAGCGACAAAACUUUUGCUUUUCUCGGACCACCGGAGUCGAGAAUAAAUUCCUCCGCUGAUAGUUCCAUCUUGAUCGGAGGAGCCAUAGUGUCGGUAGUAACGACGAAAAGCGUCGUCAAUGGCACGAUUUCCGUUCCAACCACAUCCUCCCCGACUACUACCGAACAAGUUGCCGCACCACCCUCUUCCACUUCUAUGGUAAUCACGGAACAACCUGUGACAGCGAUAACAACCGAGGAUACGUCUCGAAUAUUAGCUUCAGUUCAAACGAGUCGUAGCAUAUCUGGCGCUCGAUUCUUGCCGUUUCCUGUAAUAGAUCGUAUCGAACCGAUCGGCCAUAGCAGCGAGAAGAAAACUUCGCCACCUCCAGAGUCCACGGAAAGCAUUAUCGAUAAAUUGGACAGGGUACAGUCGGAAUUGUCCAGCGGUUUUCUCGCCGGUGGCUUCCGAACUGCCGGCAAUUCCCUUCAGUUGGACGUUUUGAACGAAAGAGACAGGAAUAAUCGCAGAAGGUAUACUACUACCGCUAAGACGCCGAUCAUUAGCAAGUUUGUGCCGCGAAGAUACAACGAUAAGAGAAACGAUCAUGCUACGCCGAAGCCGAAGAUCGAAACGACGCUCGAUAGUUUGGAAGGGUUGUUACCGCGUGAUUACGUUACGAGGAGUUCGUCGACGGUGUCGACGCUUUCCAAGACUGGAUUCAGAUGGCCGACAAAGAGCACAACUAGCACAACAGCAGAACCAACCACGACUCAACUCGCGUCAACUGCAUCCAUUGCCAUGGCGAAAAAACCUAAAACCAACGUGAUUGUUCAAGACAUAAGUGCCUUCUUACCACCCGGAUACAAAUUGAAGAAAGAGGACUCGACUGUUACAGAAAGCUCCCUGUUGAAGGAUAUCCUGGCGAAAUCUAAGGUCGAUAUAUCGUCGUUGUUACCAGCGGAUUAUAACAAAAAGAGAAACGAGGAUGAGACGACAACAAUGACGACAACAGCGAAAAGUAUAGGCGUUUCGUCAGAGAAAUCACCAGCUGAGAAAACGAUUCAGGAUUUGUUCGCUAAAUCCAAAGUUGACAUUUCUUCCUUGUUGCCACGUGAUUACGAACAGAAGAGGAAGAAUCUUAUUUCAGAGCCGGGAGACGUUCAUACUGAGAAUUUUACCGAAUCCAAUGUUUCUGUGACAACAGAAUCUACUUCGUCCACAACGAAGAAAUCCGCUGGUUUGAAACUCGUGUUUCCUAGCAGGCCUGGCGGACGGAAAGCAAUUAAUAAAAUCACCACGCCACCCAGUCCUCGAGGUGAAGGACCUGGCACGGUUACGCCGAAAAUACACAGAGGAUGGCCGAUCAGAGUUACCACAGAAUUUACCGGCUGGCCUAGUUCGUCCACUACUCCGAUCUCGAUAGAAAAGAUACUGGAAGCUGCCCGAACCGCAACGAUUUCGUCUGCGUCACUAAUCCCGAUAACCGAAGCAACGUCGAGCACUACGACAACGUCGACUACGACGACAACGCCUCGACCAACCACACCAGGAAUUUGUGAGCAAGAUUGCGAAGUCGCUGGAACUAUAAAGAUAAUUGGUAAUACAAGCUGGGUACCGGAAUUACUUGAUCGAAAUACUCAAGAAUGGCAGAAACUCGCCAGUGAAAUUGAGCGAGAGAUGAACUUCAUAUUCUCAAAAUCUGCUGUCCUAGCAAAAUGGUAUAAAAAGAUCAGAAUCGAUUCAUUCAGCGAGGGUAGUAUUUUGGUAGAUUAUUUUGUUGAAUUGGCCAACGUGGAGCAAGAUGUUAAUACGCAGGAAUUGAAAGUUAUUUUCCACGAUUCGUUACGGACUUAUAACGCAAACAGGUGGAACGAAACUAAAACGAAGAGUUCGAUCAAGCUUGGAUCGUUUACAAUCGAUCCGAAAUAUACGGAUUUUGUAGUGAUACCUAAAGUGACAACUCCCCAAUACACUGAAGAAGACGAUAGGUUAGUUCCACAAUGGGCAAUUGCUGUAAUCGUAAUUGGUGUUGGUGGAUUGGUCUUUAUCAUCAUAUUUGGUGUCUCUGUGUUAAUAAAUCGUCAUAAUGCUUCGAAAUUGAAACCAUCUAUAUCUACAAUUUACGAAGAAGAAGUAGCAAAGAAUAUUACAGCUCAUAGAUCUAGUGAUUACUCAAAACCGGUACAUACGAUUUGGACUGACCCAGACGUUUCUUGGAAUGACAAGUCUUUCGAAUCGACCUCCAACAAGAUUCUUGUCGAAAAAUCUUUUCAAGACAAUAAGAAAUAUAACAUGUACGAUAGUUGGAGAUCGCAGUGGAACGGUUAUUAUUACAACGGGUCUCAUACUAGCAGUAAAUAUGGCGGUUACGAUAGUACAACGAAUUUAUCAAGUCGUCAUCAUCCUGAUUACGAUACAAAUUUCUAAAUUUUACGGUAAUAAAGUAAAAUUUCUAUCAA